UCUCUCUCUUUCCCGUCGUUUUCCUGCAGCUCUUCACUUCUUCUCCUCACUCCUUCUCCUCUCUUCCUGUCUUCAUCAGCUCCUCGUCCUCAGAUCACAACAUGUCCACUAAGGUCGCCGUGGUAACGGGCAGUAACAAGGGCAUCGGCCUGGCCAUCGUCCGAGCGCUCUGCAAACAGUACCAAGGAGCCGUGUACCUCAUGUCCAGAGACGAGGGCCGCGGUCAGGAGGCCGUGGCGUCUCUGUCCUCGGAGGGACUGAAGCCCAUGUUUCACCAGCUGGACAUCAACGACCUGAGCAGCAUCACCACCGCCGCCGCCUACUUCAAGGACAAGUACGGAGGAGUGGACGUCCUCGUCAAUAACGCUGGGAUCGCAUUCAAAGUGUCCGACACGGCUCCUUUCGCCGUCCAGGCGGAGGUCACGCUGAAGACAAACUUCUUCGCCACCAGAGACAUGUUGACUCACUUCCUGCCGAUCGUCAAAGCAGGAGGUCGUGUCGUGAACGUCUCCAGCUUCGUCGGCACUCGUACUCUGAACCAGUGCAGCCCGGCGCUGCAGGAGCGUUUCCGCAGCGAGGACAUCACCGAGGACGAGCUGGUGGGACUGAUGCAGCAGUUCGUGGACAUGACCCAGAAGAACGAACACAAGCCGGGCGGCUGGCCUGAGACGGCGUACGGAGUGUCCAAGACCGGCCUGACGACUCUGUCCAUGAUCCUGGCUCGACGUCUGUCCAAGGAGAGACCCAGUGACAAGAUCUUGCUGAACGCCUGCUGUCCAGGAUGGGUGCGCACCGACAUGGCUGGACCGAAAGCCCCCAAGUCACCAGACGAGGGCGCUAUCACUCCGGUGUACCUGGCCCUGCUGCCGCCCGGAGCCACUGAGCCUCAUGGGAAAUUUGUCUCUGAUAAAGAGGUUCAGGUGUGGUGAGAGGGUUAAAAGUGUGUGUGUGUGGUGGGGGGGGGGUUACCACAGUAACCGUGUACUAUUCUUUGUAGGUGCUGGAAGAAAAAAAAAAUUCACUUUGCCUUUUAAAAAUCAGAUAUUUUUUUCUUAAAAAAUAUUUUCUACUCAAAUGUUCUGAAAU